AUGAAUGUCUGUGUGCUUGAGAAUGACGGAGGACAGUGGAAUGAGAUGUGUGUUGGGAUGGCUUUGAGGAUUCACAAAGGAAGUAUUUUUGUUGAAGACAUAAACAGCAGUGAAGGAAUGUGGGUAGACCUGUGUGGAAAGGCAUACACGAAGUUUGAGGAGAAUGUGGUCCAUGUGUUUAAUGAGGAUGCUGAACAUGCACUGUGCUUUGAAACGGAAAAGAUUAGAAACGAGUUCUACGAAUUUUUGAGUGGAAUGGAUGUGAGUGCUGAAGAUGAGCAAUCUGGCAGGAGUGGCAGCAAAGAAAAUAUAGAUUGCAAAAAUGCACAGAGCGAGAACUGGUUUGCCAAGCUGAAGAAGGCAAGCAUGUACAUGGAAAAUGACAUUUUUGAGCAAGCAAUACGCAGCAAGCAAGGAAUUGCUCAGCUUGUGGAGUGCCGGAGCCUGUAUCUAUUCAGAAUGCUAGUUGAGCAUGGAAAUACUGUUUUUGAAGUGCUUGGAGUACCACUUUGUGACAGUAUGUCGCCUUACCUGUUCUACAAAAUAGUUAUAGCGGGUAAUUUUUGUGUUGAGCUGGCAAGAGUGUAUGAAAGCUUUGUGCGCAUACUUGACAGGAAAGAAAUGGCGUCUAGGAAUCCAAAAGUUGCAGAGUUGCCUCUUUCUGAUGUUGUAGAGUUGCUGAAGAUGUGCUGUAGCAGAAGAUGUAAGUUUGGAAGUUUGGAAGCAUAUCUAAGCAGAAUGUAUAUAGAGAAAGAGGACACGUCGGAAAUGUUUUAUUACAUCUGCUACCUAUUCAGGAAUCAAGCAGCCGAAAAGAUUGAUUUCGUGUAUGUUUUCCAGAGGAUUGAUAUGCUGGUAGCACUGAAUCCACAUGGAGAUCAAUUACUGUAUCUUUUUGAAGGUCUUUAUAUUAUGCUUGAGCUAUGCUCUGCAGAGAGAUUGGACAUGUUUUUCAUAGAAAGCUCAGUGAUGUUUAAAAACACAGACCUUGUGUGUAAUGAGGAGAUACAGAAGUUCAUGCUGUAUCUGUUUUCAAGAUAUGGUUUUAGGGCCAGAGAGCUGUUUAUAAGCACUGGGAUUCUUAAGAAAGCGUUUUCGUUCAAUUUCCUAGACAUACAAAAUAGAAUAUUUAUUUCCAAGAUGCUGAAUCAAGUGGCAUCAAGCAACAAAACAAUACACACAUACUUCAUCAAAAAUGAUUUACUAAGGAAUGCAUCACUAGCAACUACAAAUAUUCCAACUGAUGCUGCAUGCUCAAUAUUCAGGAAUACACUUUCUAAAGCAAGUGGAGAGCUGAAGAAAUAUAUUGAUGCAUUCAUCAUGCAUAAGACCUCCCAUAAAAUCUGA